AUGGAGCCGGUGGAUCCUAGAACGAUUUCUUGUCCCUGGGCAAAGCGACAUUCAUCGACUUGGCGACUUGCAGACAUGGGUCGCACAGAGCUGGCCAUGUUGGAGUUUGCUGGUGGUGCCCCCACGGAGGGCGACGUGGAAUGCAGGGGUUGCAUUGAUGGCGUUUGA